CAGAAGGGUGUCACGCCCCUCCGGAGCCCUUGCUUGGGGCUGCUCUCAAGAGGCGGCGGGAACAGACCCGAUCGCCGAAGAGAUGAGGAGGGUGGCGGGCUCGAUGGACUCCCAGGCCGAGCACCGCGCCGAUUACUUCCGACGCUCCAACCUGUUGGUAAUGGUGGCGAUCUUGGUCGGCCUGAGCUACUACGGGGUGAGCGCAGCCUCCCUGGAGGCUCCCGGGGCACCUGGUGCGGGGAAGCGCGGGGCGCCACGGCUCCAAAGGGCACGGGGGGGGCACGUGCGGGGAUCAUAGUCAUAGCUGCCAACUUUUCCCUUUUCUUGCGAGGAAUCCUAUUAGGAAUAAGGGAAUUUCCCUUUAAGAAAGAGAAACGUUGACAGCUAGGAUCAUAGUCCAACCCGGAACAUCUUGCCGUGGGAGCCAGAGAUGGGAAGGCUUGGAGGGGAUCCCUAUGAACCGUACUUAGCUUUGAAGAUGUUAGGGAUGAGCCCGCCCAAAUCAAGCGUGGUUUUUUUUUAAGUCACAUUUAUUUCAUGGGGAGAAUUUACAGUAUUCAGAAGGGCGCCCCAUUGAGUUCAGUGGGCAUUACUCCACUGCAACUGGGCAAAGGGUAGAAGCCUCAAGCAGGUGUUUAAACUCUUCCACUGAAAUGAAUGGGUUGGAAAAAAACAAAACAAACCCCGGAAUCUUGAGUUAUUUUCUGCUGCACUGAAAUAGAGGCCAUUUUUCUUGUUUCUGUCUCUCCCCCCCACUGAAGGGUUUUUGGGAGCUGAAUCCCUGAUUGGAGUCCAGUAUAAAUAUGUUUUCCGCCGUAGUGCACUUUUAGUGCAUUUCAUGAAGACAGCCGGCUUUAGUGCAUAGCACACACUGUACUGGUGAGGUUUAUUCUGGAAGUACAUUAUAUGAUAAUUGUGAUUUAUUUUUUUAGGGGGAUCUAGACCGAGAUCUCAUCAGCUGUGGGCUUUCUUGCCUAAGUCCAGUGUUUCAGGGUCCUCCACACCCUGCAUUGUAAAAUGCAAGGGUCAGAACCUUUUUCAGCCAUGGGCCGGUCCACCAUCCCUCAGACCAUGUGGUGGGCUGGACUAUUUUUUUUUUCGGGGGGGGAAUGAACAAAUUAUUCCCACAAAUAACCCAGAGAUGCAUUUUAAAUAAAAGCACACAUUCUACUCAUGUAAAAACACACUGAUUCCUGGACCGUCUGUGGGUCAGAUUGAGAAGGCGAUUGGGCUGGAUCGGGCCCACGGGCCUUAGGUUGCCUACCGCUGGUCAAAUGGCUGCUAAUUUCUGGAUUGUGCCACAUUGUAUUGAUAUCCCCGAAUUUCAUAUAUUAUGUAUGGAUACUGGGGGAUAAACACAAAAGUUGUGAAUUCUGAUGUUGCAGGAUGAUGGGUUAUGUUGACACGUAUAUACAGUGGUACCUUGGGUUACAUAUGCUUCAGGUUAAAUACACCUCAGGUUACAGACUCCGCUAAACCAGAAAUAUUACCUCGGGUUAAGAACUUUGCUUCAGGAUGAGAACAGAAAUUGUGCUCUGGUGGUGCAGCAGCAGCAGCGGGAGGCCCCAUUAGCUAAAGUGGUGCUUCAGGUUAAGAACGGACCUCCGGAACAAAUUAAGUACGUAACCAGAGGUACCACUCUAUGCCGCUUAGGAAUUUGGAAUAUUAAGUGGUAUAGCUGAAGUAAAUAAAACAAUACCUCCUGUAUGCUUACUUAAAUGUAUAUCUCUUUCUCCCCUCCCCCUCCUCACACCUCAGUGGGCAGUCUUUUCACCCUCAACAAUCCCCUAUGACCUUCUGGGACCAUUAGGCACCUUCACUAAAUAUUUGGUGGAAAACCAUAAAACUCUUCUCAAUAUCGGGUAAGCUGAAUUCUCAUCUUCUACCUGUUCACAUUCCUUCUGCUCACCCAACAGUGGGGAUUUUGGGGGUGGGAGGGAGGGUGAGUAAUAUAAUAUGCAGCCAUAUGUAUGUGUUUCUCCUUGCAUAUUGGGAGGGACAAGUGAAAUGUAAGAGCAAGCUACAGUCAAGCAAUGUAUUUGAGAUUAUAGAGUCAUAGAUUAUAGAGUCAUAGAAUUGUAGAGUUUCUAACAAUGGACCCAGGGCCUCAUUCUUUUUUCUUCCUUCCUUUUUAAUUGUAAAAACCAGUCCGACACAUGUGUGAAGGGUGGAUCGGGACAGGCUGUCUAGCCUUUGUUCCUCUUCCUCUGGUAGUUUUCCAGCCCAUAAUUAUCUCCCCUGAGCACUUUUGUCACCUGGGUUAAAGCAUAGCUGUCAACUUACAGAUUUGAAAAUAAGGGACCAGCAGCCUCGAAAAAAGGGAUCAGCAGUCAAAAUAAGAGAUUUUGGUUUAGCUUAUACAGAAAUCCCGCACUCAUGGAGCCAUGCUGCUAUGGCUGCGACUGACUGUUGUUUUGCAGGGGGUUGGACUAGAUGAUCCUAAGGGUCUACAACUCCCACCAAAGAAGAGUGGCAGACAAAACUGAUGAACAACGUCGAGAUGGCAAAAUUUGAACUAUGGAUGGACAAAUGAUUUAUAAAAAUAGAGUUAUGAAAGGGAUGCAGAGGGGGAAAUCAGUGCACUGGUUGGAGGGUAUUCUAAGCAGCACGUUGGGGCUGCUGUCGUCCUGGGGCGAGGAGUUCCAUCGGCCCUUCCCUGCCUGAGAGAGAGGGAGGGAGGGAGGGAGAGAGACUCUCGCCCAUGCCGCCCGUGAGCCUGGCAUGAGGCAGUUGCGGCGCGGCGGCGGCGGCUGAAGUGCCGCCCUUCUGUGUCCCUCCCCAUCCCCUCCUCUUCCUCCUCCCUCAGGCCGCCUCCUCAGCCGCCGCUGCCGCCUCCGGCUUCCCCUGGCAGCGCGGCAGAAGUCUUGCAAGAGGGGCUGCCUGCCCGCCACCUGCCACCCGUCUCCUCACAAUGUGCCCCUGAGGGGGAAAAGGGAGAGACGAAGACACGGCAGCUCGUGCGCUCACUCUCUCGAGGCGGAGGACCCCGAGCCGCUGCUUCCCUCCCGAGCCGGGCAAGCAUGAAACCCGGGAAAUUUAAGGGACAUCAUCAAUAAGGGACAGCAGCGGGACACAGCGCUGGGAUAAGGGAGUUUCCCGCCAAAUAAGGGACGGUUGGCAGCUAUGGGUUAAAGAGCAGCUCCAUACAUGCCUUACUCCACUCGGACUGUGUAGUGUUUCUGGUCCGGUUUAGGCUAUGCAUAACUUGUUAUUAGAAAUAUGCACAUUAAUCAAAGGGCAGGGCAGAAUGAUUGCCUGCUUUUUGAAAACCCCAUUCCUGCACCUGUUGUGUGUUUCUCUUGCACAAGCCAUGCUUACCGAAAUGAACAGGCAUUGCUCAAAGCAUAUUUGAGUUGCUUCAGUCAACUCCUGUCCAUUUCACAACGGCUUGCAUGAGAAAUAACAGGGUUGUGUCCUCUGUUAAUUAGCUGGUGAUUGGGGAUGUGUUUGGUUUUCCCCUGGAAAUACCUAAAUGUUUUGGGCUAACCCUUAUCUUGCUUUAAUUUACGCCAGUUACAAAUGGUGUUAUUUUCCUUCCUUUCAGAUAUUUAAUUAGCUGGUUAAUCCACAUCGGGGAAGCAUUAUAUGCCCUCAAGCUAUGCAAGUAAGCUAUUUUUAUUUUAUUUUGGGUCUCUUCUACCUCCACCUCCCUCUGCCCUCUCCUAAACAGCAGAUAGCGCGGCAAAGCUGCGUCUGGGCUUGUGAGCUGGUUUUCUGGGUACGGAUAUGGGGUGUUGUGCAUGAGCACUCCUCUCACUGCCUAAAGUGGUAUGGAAGUGACACACAGGUGUUAAUAAUCUUCACAACCUAUCUGCAUGAACUGGGUCUAAAUUAAAUUCUGUCAAGGACCGACUUCGGAGCUGUUGUUGAAUUUGCCUUUUAAAAAGCAACCAGUGCUUUCCAACAUUGAACCAAUGAGGUGUGCUGUGCACUGGAACCCAACCCAGCUGUGGCAGGUGAACUUACCCUGAUCCUUUUGUCAGGUUUCUUAAAAAAUAAUAAUAAAGGCGCUGGUACUAGUUUACAAAGCCUUAUACAUCUGAGGACCAGGAUACCUACAAGGCUGUCUUGCACCUUAUAUAUACAACUGAUGGUUGCAUUCUGCAGGAGAGGGCCUCUUGCAGAUACCAUCUCAACAGGAGAUCUGCUCCGUAUAAUGCGGGAACUGGACCUUAAAUUUUGGUGGCACCUACCCCUGAGAACUCUGUCUAUUGUCUUUUAGGCACCUCUUAAAGACCUUCCUCUUCUAAGAAGCCUUUUAAUCAGAAUUUUAUCCUGGCCCUUUUUUGCAUUGUGUUUAUAUAUGCCUUUAUUGUUGAUGAUUUUGUAUUGUUAAUUGCUUCGGGAUGUAUAAAUAAAGUAAGCAAAAUAAAAGAACAUAAAAGAAGCACAAGAAGGAGCGAGUGACUGUGUAAGUAGGCUGGUCUGUGUGAGUGCCAGCAGAGGAGUAACAACAUGAUGGUUCUAAAUCCCAGAUAUAUGCGCUUGGAUUCAAAACCCUGUUUGGAGGUUAUCUGGAACUAGUGACUGCAUUGCUGAUAUCUUUCCUUCAUUGGUGUAUCACAUGCCACCCUGGAAAGUUCCCUGAAGGCUUCUGGUGAGGGAGCAGGGGUGUGGAUGCCAGCCCAACUUCAGUUUCUGCCCAUCCUCCAAGCAGCUGAGGACAAAAUAGACAUCUAUCUACUUAACUUAGAUUUUAAGUAAUACAUUCAGAAAUGUCAGGCUUUAUCUGUCUGUCUCUUCACUGCAGGAUGAAAGGCAUCACAGACCCUUCAACUCAGUGGUUGUGGUUGGUUCAAACAUUUUUCUUUGGAAUAGGAUCUCUCUACUUUUUGUUGACCUACAACCCCAGGAAGAAAAGCUGGUGAAGGAUUCAGCCAGAAGAGAAGGUUCCAACACAUUCUAGCUUUGGGGUAUAUUUUUCAGUGAGAGGGAUGGGUGUAUUCCUAAAUAUUUUUUGUGCAUUCAGAAGUGUGGCAAUCUUCUCUUUCACUUGGAAAGAGAAAUUUCUUUCAGGUGUCUCCUCUGCAGGUUUGGCAGCUGUGGGGCAAAGCGAGGAAACGAGCUUGUGACAAUGGGGGAUGGAGCCUUUCUUUUUAGAUCAAGGAAAUAAAACCAGUUCUUAAUGGUCAGGACCAAAAUGCCAACACUCACAAGAUAUCUGCAUAGGACCAAUUUAAAAUAGGGGUGACAAACAGAGCAAGCACAGAGCAACCUAUAGUCUCUACUUCUCAGGUCUAACAGUAGCCUUAUUCAUAAACUGAGCUGUAUAGAAGUGUGGUGAGGCAUCUUCCUUUGGGCCCAACUUGCACCUGUCUGUUGCUCCCCUGGUUUUGCCUGCAUCCAUGGCUGGAUUGUCCUCUUUAAGUGAUUGUAUGGAUAGUCCCCUUCAUUUAUGAGCCUCUUUCUCCCCUCCCCCGCCACCCUUUUUACAGGUAAGGAUUGCAGAUUAAGCAGGUCUGUGAGCACUGAUCUCUACAUGCAGCCACACUGUGUCCAGAGUGUAGCUGUGACUGGGAGGCAAGGUGGCAUUUUCAUUCUCUGUCAUUUGCACCAUAGACCAAGAGGGCUAAUGCUACUCCAUUAGUACUUUUAGCUGUGCUUAAUAAUAAUAAUAAUAAUAAUAAUAAUAAUAAUUACUAUUAAAAAAUAAUAUGCAACAGUGCAGAUUAUCCUUGUUGGUCAUCCAGUUUUAGCAGGUGGCUUGGUUAACUUUUCUUCCCCUUUCUUGAGAAAUAAACCCCUUCUAUUUCUCACCCAGAGUUUAAAGGGGUUUAUCUGCAAGUAGAUGUGGUCAGCAUUGCAUCCCGAACAUCUUGCAAUCUUUCUCCACAAACUCUGCCACCACCCCUCUGAUUUAUAAUGGUCUACCAGCAGGUUUUGCUCUUAUGUUUUCUUGGUGCUCUCUUAACAACCUGCAUGCAUUGCAAAGCACUUUAGUUAAUAACCGUGGCACUAAACUCUUGGGCAUGGCGCAAGCUUUUCUUGAAGUGCAAAAGGCUGUGAGAGAGAAAGCGGUGACCACAUAAGAACUGCAGUCAAGACCAAGAAACCCCACUGGGGCAGUUUUAUUUCUCAGAGAUCCAACGUGCUGUUAAAAGGUAGUUUUAUAUUACAUGCCUUAAAUUCUUUAGGGGAGAUGCCCCCCCAAGAAAUACGUCAAAGCAGGUCUACUAGUUUCAAUCUGAGAGAAAGCUUUGAUAGAGCUUUCAUUAGGCGUUCCUCAUCCAAGCUGUGUCGUGAUAGACAGAGCUGUCUGUGGGGAAGGUUUAGAAACAGCACAUUAGUUGGAUUUGGAGGAAGUAGUUAACAGUGCCUGUCAGAUGAGUGGGUGUCUAAUUCACAGAUGUGUUGGCCAAUGUGUUUAGUAUCUGUUCAGUAUCUACAUGUUUAGUACCUACAUGUUAUGCAGUGCCACCACCCAGAUCUGAGAAAGGAAAAUUACUGGUUCAGUUUUUCCCUGGCAUGGCAUUGCUUGGCAGGGUGAACUGGUUUACAAGAUUUUACCCUCUCUAGAGCUCAGGGGCAGAACGAGGGUGAGAAGCAAAGGGCACCAGCAUGGAGCUUGAAUAAACCCCUCCACCCCACCAACUUUUUAGCAUUUUGUAUUCGUGCAGUGCAUUUUUACUGUAGUGCAUGCCAUUGUUAUGUUGGUGCAGGAGACAAGUCCACUGAUUCUGUGCCUGAGCAAAUAUAUAAAUGUGGGGACUCUCUGCCACAUUAGACCAUAGAUCUUGCCUUUGGUUUGGACUUUUAAUUCUCUUGAUGAUUUCUGCUGAAGUGCCCUAUAAUGUCUUUCAAACUCUGUGUCUCAUUUGGAUUUAUUUUUAGGCAGCUCUUAAGAACACUGCUGCUCAUAGUUUUAGCUCAGCAUUUUGCCUUUGUGCUUGAACACCCUGCAUAUUCCAUCAUGCUUGUUGUAUUGAGAAUCACCUCUUUAACACAUUACGUUUUACCUGGGUAUUGUCUGGAUGAUUAAAGGUAGCUUCUGCUGUUCUUUAUACUGUUAAUACUUGAAGGGAAACAUGGUGAGCUGUUUGACUGUUGCAUCUUGUGAUAAAAAUGUGUCCUAAGACAGGGUGCUUAAUUGGCAUAAUGCUGCAUUUUGAGCUGAUAAUUUCCGAGAGCUGUCUCACUGCUGGCCUUGAAUAAAGCUAAUAAUUCUCUCUAAAAUAUAACGCAUGCCCUGAAAUUGUUACAAAGGAUGGGGUGGUGGUUUCACAUCCUUAAAGCAGAGGUGCCAAAACACAAAGUAUAGGGCCCCCUGAGGAUUCCUAAUGCAGCCUGGGUUUUCCCAACCACCUUCUAGGAAAUUUUGAACAAUAACCAGGCCUUAAUAGGAUGAAGGGGUUGACUCAACAAUACCUGCUUUUGUGUGUCAUCGUAUCGGGUUCUUUCCUCAGUUCCCUCUGUUUGCAGCAGGAAUGCUAAGGAGCUGGUGAGGAAAUGCACUUGGGCAUCCCAGGAACACGGCCAGAUAAUUUGUACAAGUGUGCAUGUCUAUACAUACACAAACAUGUUGUUCUUGCAUUCACACUACAGAGCAAAUGGCUUCCCAAAGCAGGCGCAACCAUUUUGGAUUACUCACAUUGUAGUGACUGACUUGAGGCAGAAUUUAACCCUUGCCCAUCUGCCAAAUUGGGAAUUAGACAUUCUCAUCCCUGCCCUAUAGAGUGGGUAUAGACAGGUCUGCCCUGAUCUCUCAAGCAAAUCUCUCCCUUCACCUAAGGCUGCAUUGAUUUUUGACUAGGAAAGGGGGAAAAGCUGUUUGUGUGAGUGCAUGUGUCACAGUGUAGGGUGGUCGCAUCCACUUUUGUCCAUACCCACCACUGGCAUGUUGCCCCCAGAGGGUUGGCAAAGGGUGAUGUGACAAAGCUGUGCAUUGCCCUUGCUGGAGAAUAUGCAGGAAUCUGUCUUUGCUUGCAACUGGCCUGAGAACAUAUUGUCCACAUCAGAAUGCCCAGUCAGUUUAUAUAUGGAGUUUCACAGUAGCCCUGUAAAGGACAAUCUCUCCUCAAGCCAACAUUAAGCGUAAAAAAGAAAAGAAAGGGUUAACAACACACACACCAGGCAUUAAAAAUAGCAGUAAAGAUGUUUGGAAACCAUACUAAAGAAAUAUUUGAAAGUCCUCUGAAAAAAUGUGGCUUGACUUGCCUGUGAAAAAGUGGGAGGGAAGAGGUCAAGAGUCAUCACCACCUUUUUCAGCUGCCUGCAGGAAUUCAUUUCAUACAAGGACAUUUUGCAAUAUGCAUAUAAAAAGGUUUAAUGUUAUAUGCAGGAUGAUACUUGGGUAGAUAGCAGGAGCAGCGCAAGCCAUUUUGUUAGCUGAGGCAAAGGACAUGUUUUGUGCAUUUCCCCAUUAGUUGCACGAAAUAUGAUUAGGCUGGUCACUGAACUUUCAGCACUCUUGAUGGGGCAGAGUCCAUUCUUAACCCCAAACCAUUCUUAACCUGAGGCGUGCUUUCGCUAAUGGGGCCUCCCACUGCUGCCGGCGUGCGACUUCCACACAUAUCAUGGGGCAAAGUUCGCUACCAGGAAACCUACUUCCAGGUUAGUGGAGCUCGUUACCCAAAGCGUUUGUAAGGAGGACGGUACAUAACCCGAGGUUCCACUGCAUUUAUCAAAAUCCUGGACUUCUUGGUUCUAGUCUGCUUGCAUUAAGCCAGAGACAAGAUUAAGGGUGUUGCAGUGUGGUAAUAAAGAAUAAUUGAUGGAGAUUAGGGCAGGAAGAUGAUGUUACUGAAACACCCGGAAGAUUUCCAAUACAAAUUAGUUGGUUAAAUUGGUGGCUGGGGAGUGCUGCAGCUUUCUUUUCAAUAAAGACAUUUUGUCAUUGUUUCCAGCCUUCUUCCUGUAUUUCCCCACCUUUAUUUUGAUCACCAAGUAUUGCACAUAGACACUGUGUGCAAGAAGAUUGCACAUGCUCGAAUCCUGUAACGUUACCAUUCAUUUUACAGCAUUUAAAGGCAUCUCAUAACCAUUUGAAAAACAAUGGAAUAAUCCUUAACAUUUGCAUAGCGUUUUCAAGUGUUCAAAUGAGCGUUAUAUUGUUGUAAACUUUAACAGCCC